AUGUCGUCCAAAAGAACACCAGAGAGUCCAAUUCCUGGCCGGUAUCGCGCGACAAAGGCUUCAGCUUUCACGCUCCAGUCGCGCAGGAUUGCCCGCGAGAGGACGAAAGACAAAGAACGUGACAGUUCUGGCUCCGGCUCCGGCUCGAUUGGCCUUAAGACUCGAGGAGUCGAGCGGCGUCGAAGAUUCGAUAAACCCCCAGAUAUAACAACACCCCCAACAAGCCCAAUCGUACUGAUCCGCGUGGGCCCCGAAAAGCGCCUUUUCGCCGCACACGAGGCCAUCCUCUGCGCAUCACCCUUCUUCGCCGCCCACUGCACAGCCCAAACGCCCAGCUCGAAUGCGUCACGGCCCGAACUCGGCCAACAACCACCAAGCAAGCGCAUCGACCUUCCAGAAGAGCAAGCUGAAGUCCUCUCCUGCGUUCUCGAGUACCUCUACAAGGGCGACUACUACCCGCGUCUGCGACACAACAGCCGGACUCGGACAUGGGAGCUGGAGGACGCAGAUGCGGGCGUUGGUGCCGGCGCUAGCGGGGAACUGGGACAGGCGACGGCGACGGUGUUUCACCAUCGGGCGCAGGGGGUUAUAUUGCGGGAUACGGCUAUUUAG